UUUCCCAGGCAAAGCGAAGUCAACAUCGCAGAUUUUCCAGCCAUGUCGUCCACUGCGCAAGUAAAAAUAGGCCAUUACAUCUUAGGAGAAACCCUUGGUAUGGGCACAUUCGGCAAAGUGAAAAUGGGAGAACAUCUUUUAACAAAGCACAAAGUGGCUGUGAAGAUUCUCAAUCGACAGAAGAUCAAGAGUUUAGAUGUAGUCAGCAAGAUUAAACGUGAAAUCCAGAACCUUAAACUCUUUAGGCACCCACACAUCAUCAAAUUAUAUCAAGUGAUCAGUACUCCUACGGACAUCUUUAUGGUAAUGGAAUAUGUAUCGGGCGGUGAAUUGUUUGAUUACAUCGUCAAGCAUGGCAAGCUAAAAGACUAUGAGGCGCGUAGGUUCUUCCAGCAGAUUAUCUCAGGUGUAGACUAUUGUCAUCGGCAUAUGAUCGUCCAUCGAGAUCUCAAACCGGAAAACCUCUUGCUCGAUAACAACAUGCAUGUGAAGAUUGCUGAUUUUGGUCUUUCCAACAUGAUGACAGACGGGGAGUUCCUGAGGACGAGCUGCGGCUCACCCAACUACGCAGCACCCGAGGUCAUCUCCGGAAAGUUGUAUGCUGGCCCUGAGGUGGACAUCUGGAGUUGUGGAGUCAUCUUGUAUGCUCUCCUUUGUGGAACUCUUCCAUUUGAUGAUGAACAUGUACCGACGCUCUUCCGCAAAAUCAAAGGCGGAGUAUUCGCCAUACCAGAACACAUUAGCAAAUCGUCAGUCAAAGGACUCAUCAUGCACAUGCUGCAGGUUGAUCCGCUGAAACGAGCAGACAUCAAAGACAUACGAGAGCACGAGUGGUUCAAGGUAGACCUUCCGGAUUACCUGUUCCCGAGGAACGACUUUGACGAUUCCAUCGUGGACACCGAGGCAAUACGGGAAGUUUGCGAGAAAUUCAACGUGAAAGAGCAAGAAGUGCACAAUUCAUUGCUGGCAGGAGACCCUCACGAUCAGCUACGCAUUGCUUACUUCCUCAUCAUCGACAACAAACGUUUCAUGGAUGAAGCUUCUAAAUCGCAAAUGAAAGAUUUCUACCUGGCGUCGAGCCCGCCUCCGAGGGAAUCGUACCUUGAAGUGGGGGAAGGAUCCGGGAUGCCGCCUAUCAAAGCCCACCCAGAGAAACUGCCCCAAAUGGUGUCGAACAUCAAUGACCAUCUAGACGUGAAGAGUUCCUUGGAAUUGUCACGGCGAGUCACUCCAGUGAAACGGUCCAAGUGGCAUCUGGGCAUCCGGUCACAGAGUCGGCCUCUUGACAUCAUGGGGGAGGUGUACCGAGCCAUGAAGACACUCAAUUACGAUUGGAAAGUGGUCAACCCCUACCACGUCUACGUCCGACGGCGUAACAUGGUCACUGGCAGUGUGUUUAAGAUGAGUCUCCAGCUCUACCAAGUGGACAACAAGAGCUAUCUCUUGGACUUCAAGAGUCUGAGCAACGCCAGGAACAGUUUUGGGCAAUAUGGUUCAGUAGAUGAGAAGAUGGAGACGGACGACACCAAGCCCUCCUCCCCCAAGGCAACACCACGCCCUUCCUCCACCCCGGACACCCCCAAGUCGCCUGGCAUGCCCAGCACCCCCACCAUCAUGAACCACGACACCAUGGAGUUCUUUGAGAUCUGCGCCAGCCUGAUUGCCACGUUAGCACGGUAGGUGGCGCGUCGCACCCUGACUGAAGAAGGCCCACACUGCGACUCUCAAGUAGAGGCCCAGGCGCUUGUUUUGUGUUGGCACAGUUAAGGCAUAUUAAUGUGGUGUGUUGUGUCGCAAGACAUGGUGCAUGGCACGGUGACAGCUGUACUGUCACCAAGGAGACACUGGACGAUUACACCCAACUAACAGCAUUUAUCGAGUGAAAAACCUUGGAAUUGCCUAGGUCUGAUUUAAGAACGUGAACGGUUUCAAAGAUUGUAUUCAAGGGAUCUGUGGGGAAAGGACAUGUAACUGAAGGGGAAAAAAUGGUUCCCAAUCACAAGGGAAGCGGUGUCAUUGAUUGAAGGUUUUGGCCCUACGAAUGGUCCACAUCUCUCAAAGCUUUUCCAGAUUGUUGAUUUUGGGAAGUUAAUUUAAAGGCUCAGGGUUCCGGAAAGCCGCAAGGGGUUUUUGUUUUUUAUUUAGGAAAAAGCACAAAGUCAUGAGACAAGCUUAGCUUCGUCUUCUGUUUGAUCGGCGUCAGUAUCUUGUGAGAACAGAUUUUUUGCAGUGGAAUUGGGAAAAGAAGUGUUCAGGAGUAUAUCUGGGCCUGGCAGAAGUGGCAGAUAUCUUCCGCUCUGAGAAGCAUUUACUAAGUGUGUCAGGGACCUGGCUUUUAAAUUGGAUGCCAGUACUGUGCUCCUGAAGUGUUAAUGUGCAUCUAACAAAAGAUUGAAACUGUUAGUGUUUUCUGGCAACCUGUGAGUUAGAUGUGGCAGAUUUGGGCAUUAAAUUUUAUCGAUAUAUAUUUUGGUGCAUGGCCGUAUUACCAAAUCGAGUCGGUGACUCGACGAGGCCAACAUCAGAACGACUUGUUACACAAUACAAAUUUGUCCUCGUAUGUUUUUUUUUUUGAAUUUGCAGACUUGUCAUUGGAGGCAAUUUUUUGUGCAGAAAUGGAUUUAGGUUGAAUUGAAUGCUUAGGCAAGACCGGGGAUAAUUACGGACGAAAACCAAAGUGGUGAUAUAUUCAGAAAAUACGAAUGUGGGGGAACUUUCUCCACGAUGCUUUCAUUUAUUGCCGUAUCCUAUCAACGGGAGUACAGGUUGGAUAUCACUAUUAACUGAGGGAAAAAAAAGGAAGAAAAAAAAAAGAAGUAGCCAUAAAUAAUACCUUUUUCUGCAGUGGAAAAGCCAAAUCUAAGAUGUCGAUUGUGGAAUUUAUUUUGUAACCGAAUGUCUACAACAAUUAAACUUGAAAACUGCUUAUUAAUAAACAACUCUGUACAUAAGUAAGAAAUAGGUUGUUUCAACUUGAUUUUUUUUCUCUCUUUUUUUAAGGUGUAGAUAUUUUUCAAAAAAACCAAGCCAUACAAGGCUUUAAAUCUUUGUAUAAAAAUAGUGAAAUGUUUACCUUAAUCAAAAAGGAAAAAAUGCAAAUGCACAAAUAUAAAUAUAUUUUUUUCAGGUCUACAUUUUUCCGGACAUCAGUAACUUACUGAUUUGGAUAUUUUGGCGACAGAGUUAUAUCAGUUCACGUUUGAAUUUAGCCAACAGAUUUAAUGGUGUGUUUACCUGCUGCAUGGGCGUAGACUUUGACCAAUUUGUGGAAACAAUUUAUACUUGUACAUUUCCAUAUUGUAUCACAUACCCUUCCGCAAAUAGAAAACGGCAGAAGCAUUCUUUGUUAUUUCUCAGCCCCAGCCCUCCCGGACCCUUCAAAAUCUACAAGGAGAUUUUGAAAGGAUUUGCAGGAUUAAGGAAAGGUAGAUUCUUGUCCACUUGGAUAGGGCUCAGUGCCCCAGACAUGAAGCACAAACCAAAUGAAACGCUAAUGUCCUGCUGUGUGGGAGGUGUUUGUAGGAGGAUCCAAUCGUCUAUCAUGAUAUGCCCAGGGAGAUUUUUGUAAUUGUAUUGAAUUAUGCAUAGUAGUUUCCUUGUAAAGGAAAACAAACGUGAGAAUUAUUUAAGAGAGCCAGUGAGCGGCUCCUCAGGGGAAAGAUAUGUGGAAAGGCUCUUCCGGGGGGAACAGUGUUUAAAAAAGGGGGAGGGGGGGCAGAUUUGGCUGCUUAGAAUCUUUUCUUUUCCGCCAAGGCUGAUUGGUGUCUUUACAGUCGCUUUUCAAACGUUGCCCCACUGACUUUGUGGAAAGGUUAUAAGGACAAUCUGUAAAUUGUGUUGAGAUGAGGCGACCCAACCUCAAAGAACGUAUCGGUUUGAAUGGAUGUCUUCCUAAAGUUACCUGGAAAUCACUGCCAACAUUAUUUUCCCUCUGUCUGUAGCCCCAAAUUGGUCUUUGACAGGCACUGUCAUUUAAGCCAAAUUGGUAAUUUUUUUCCCCCCUCAAACCCUCGGCAGAUGGUGUCAGUCUGCUCGCUUGGGCAAAUUGGAGACAAAAGGUUGGGAUUGAUAGAACGGGGGUCCAGAUACUCGUCUUCUGAAUGAGUUAUCAGGAAUCUAGUAAUGGAGGUCAGUACUUUGCUUACCAGCAGAGCCCAUCAAAAUUGGGGCAUGCACUGCAUACUUGACAAAUACAGAAUUUGAAUUUUUUUUGUAAGAGAGAUGUCUUCUUAAUAUAAGCCCCUUUGUGGCAUCUCUUUGAAUGUUUGGUGAUGAGCAAGAAAAACUGCUCCAUCUCUUAAAGCUCCAGAGCUAAUGAGAGCUUUGAAGAAUAGUUCUGAGGGGUCGUUUUUACAUCUUUCUUGGCCGACCUGAAGUCUGUCUGGUUGCGAUAAAAUCUUAUAUUUGCCCCAUCUUCACCAGCUUCAUCUUCCACUCAUCAACAGGCCAGUGCUUGUCAUCUUUGACUGUAACUGAUUGUUGUAUUCCGUUUAUUCUGACAGGCUUUUUUGGUUUCCCCCUUUCAGUUGUAACCAGAGGCGCUUAUCCAUUCUGUCGGGUGGUGCAACAACCCCGCUUUGAAAAAAUUGCUGAAAACAAUUGGGAAAAAAAAAAUGUAAUGGAAUUUUAGUUGAAUUUUUCUGUGAAGGCAUUCGUGCCAAAUGCACUAUUUGAACCAACCCAGGUAUUUGUUGUAUUAUAAGGGAAAUAAUGCUGUGUCACUAAUUAAAUAAUGUAUAAUAAAAAAAAUUAAGUAAAUAAACAUAUAUUGUUAUUUUUUUGACUAGUAAACUUACUCGACAUUCACUUUUUGGGCUUUAAUGUUUUACGGUCUUUUUUGAAGGACCCAUUGAUGCGGAUUGUUCAUUAGCUCAUUACCGUGGUAACCUAGCAAACAUUACGACUGCAUUGGAGGAGAACGGCAUUCAAACUGAAAUCCAAGUUACCAAAAAAAAAAAAAAUGAGCCGGCAAAUCCAACGUAACACUUGACAACAUUCAUCGUCAGUUGUAACUGUUUCUGUCUUUAAAAACCCAGAUGUUUUUAGCUUGAUGUUGAAGAAAAGGAAAACUUUGUCGUUUGUAACAUUUGUCCAAACUGGAUUCUGAAGACUGUUGUCCAGAGUUAUGGUGGAUUUCCCUGUAGUUUGUAAUUAGUGUGACAAGUAUACGGAGAUCCACAUGCUCUCCUCAACUCUCGGUGUUUUUGUCUGUUGAAACCAGAUGGGUUUAAUACAUCGAUCAAAACCCCUUUGUGAUUAGUCUGUACGGUGUCCCAUACAGCCCAUCAAACAUACAUGUAGAUAUGUAUCUCAUUGUUUUCAUGCAUGGCGUGUGACCCAUCGUAGCAUCCAAUGUUGAAAAAAAGAAAAUUCCAGAUUAAAAGACAACCAAUUAAUUUAA